AUGUCCGGCUUGCAGAAGGUCCCACCAUCGGGUAUCCGGACCUCCCUCACCACCUCGUACCAAUUCUACGCCCACACUCUCCUGCCAGUCUACGCCCACACUCUCCUGCCAGUCUACGCCCACACUCUCCUGCCAGUCUACGCCCACACUCCUGCCAGUCUACGCCCACACUCCUGCCAGUCUACGCCCACACUCCUGCCAAUCUACGCCCACACUCUCCUGCCAGUCUACGCCCACACUCCUGCCAGUCUACGCCCACACUCCUGCAGUCUACGCCCACACUCCUGCCAGUCUACGCCUACACUCUCCUACCAGUCUACGCCUACACUCUCCUACCAGUCUACGCCCACACUCUCCUACCAGUCUACGCCCACACUCCUACCAGUCUACGCCCACACUCUCCUACCAGUCUACGCCCACACUCCUGCCAGUCUACGCCCACACUCCUGCCAGUCUACGCCCACACUCUCCUACCAGUCAACGCCCACACUCCUGCCAGUCUACGCCCACACUCCUGCCAGUCUACGCCCACACUCUCCUACCAGUCAACGCCCACACUCCUGCCAGUCUACGCCCACACUCUCCUGCCAGUCUACGCCCACACUCUCCUACCAGUCUACGCCCACACUCUCCUACCAGUCUACGCCCACACUCCUGCCAGUCUACGCCCACAUUCUCCUACCAGUCAACGCCCACACUCCUGCCAGUCUACGCCCACACUCUCCUGCCAGUCUACGCCCACACUCUCCUACCAGUCUACGCCCACACUCCUGCCAGUCUACGCCCACACUCUCCUACCAGUCUACGCCCACAUUCUCCUACCAGUCUACGCCCACACUCCUGCCAGUCUACGCCCACACUCUCCUACCAGUCUACGCCCACAUUCUCCUACCAGUCUACGCCCACACUCCUGCCAGUCUACGCCCACACUCCUGCCAGUCUACGCCCACACUCCUGCCAGUCUACCAACAGUGUACUCACGCCCACUUCCUGAUGACUCCCUCUCUGCACUUCUAG